GAGUACGACGUGUUCCGGGACUCGCUGCUGCGGUACAUGGGGUACGCGAAUGAGUGCGGUGAAGCGUUCGUGGCGUGGUUGCCGGUUUGGGGCGUGCCGGCGACGUAUGGAAUCGCGGCGACGUACGUGCUGGCGGACACAGUGGAUAAGGGCGUCAAGCGCUGGAACAAGGCGGAGGGGGCGAGCGAUCGCGCGAACCAAGCCGCGGCGGUGGCGACGGAAACCCUGACUUGGCAAAUGCUCGCGAGCGUGUUUUGGCCGGGAUCGUUCAUUCGCGUCGUCGUGGCGACGACGAAUUUGGCGUUGGCGAAGGCGGACGUGAGCGCGUUCGACUCGCUCGCGGCGCAGGGACUCGACGUCGAACGCAUCUUGCCCACGUUGUUGGGAUUGGCGGCGAUUCCGUUCAUCGUGAAGCCGAUCGAUACGACGAUCGAUGCGGCGGCGGAGAUUUCGUUCGCCAAG